UUUUUCAAAGUUAAUCAUGAUUUCACACCUGAUGCUGGUCUUUGCUUCGCUCCCAGACGUGCAGUUCCCGGGCGCGAUGAACGAGCUGUCCAUGAUCCAGCGCUUCACCGCCCGCGUCACCUGCUACUUCCACCUGUACAGUUAUCCCUUCGACAUCCAGCACUGCAGCAUCGACCUGCGACUCCCGACGGAGCACGAGGGCUAUGUCGCCUUCUCCCUCUCCGACGCGGAGGUCCUCUACACGGGCCCGAGGACGCUGUCGACCUACACGAUUCGGGACGAGAGGAUCGAUCGGUCCCUCGGCCCCAGCGCCCUCAGCGUCUACUUCGACCUCCAUCGCCGCCAGGGAGUCAUCCUCUUCUCCACUUUCCUGCCGUCGGGGAUGCUCCUGCUGGUGAGCUGGGCGACGCUCUUCCUCGGCCUGGACGCCCUCAACGCCCGCGCCAUCAUGUCCCUCACGACGCUGCUGGUGCUCUACACGCUCUUCUCGAACAUGUCUCGUUCUCUGCCCUCCGGCGCGGCCAUCAAACUGAUCGACAUCUGGUUCUUUGUGAUCAUCUUUCUCCUCUUCGUAAACAUCCUCAUUCAUAUAUUUGUGGACAAUAAAGUUCCAGAAACAACUAAUAGGAUAUUCGUCAAAGGGAACACCCAAACAAACAGCAUUUCUGUCGUUAAACCUCAGACUUCACGUUCUGUUAAGUUCCUAAAGGUAUACAGGCUGAUAGGCUUACCUGUUAUUGUUGUUCUGUUUAACAUCUUGUUCUGGUCAGCAGUUUUUCUUGAAUCUUAG